AUGCCAACAUCUUCCUCAUCAGACACCGGCGCAACCGGAGCCGCCAAAUUUGUCACCUCUACCCUCGGUAACACCGUCGGCGGCCUCUCACGAACAGCCGGUAACGUUACGGGCGCUGCUUCACGCGGACUCGGCGAUACAAUCAACAAUGCCGCCGGCAACGCUGGCAGACCGGUGGGCGAUGCACUGGGGAAUCUGGGCACGGGAGUUGAGAACGGGGCGAAUAAUGUCGCAAAGGGGGUUGAGAAUGCGGGACAUAUACCAUUUAGAAUGCGGUUCUAUUAG